GUCUCCGAGAUCCCAUGCUGGAGAGGCUGGCUAAGUGUUCUCGGGCUUCAGACGAAGCCAAUGUUUGCAGAAACUUGCAUCGCUUGCUUAAGCACCCUGACUUCACUUUGCAAGUGCAAAUCGACAAUGCUACUGUGGAUAUCACGCAUCCCCGUUCCAGAAAACAUACUGUUGUACCGUGGCCGGUGAUCAAGCUUUCCAGCUGGCUUCGGUACAUUGUGGAGGAGCAAGGAGGGCAACUACUGUUGGGCGGGCACCACGUGAGCCAAACCGGCCUUUGGAAACAAAUGCUGAGGGAGUUUUGGGCUCGUUACCGUGGUAUUGAUCCGAACCACCCCAUCUACCACUCGAACAUCGACCCUGCUACAGCCAUCCCAUUUAUGGUUCACGGAGACGAUGGGAGAGGUCGCAACCAUCAACCUGUGUUGGUGAUAUCCUUCCAGGCGCUGCUGUCUCACAUGGGCCCCGGACGGCUGAAUCAGAGUGGGCAUUCAUUCUGUUCCAGACUUCUUUUCUCGAUCUUACCUUCUCUUUGCUAUCGUGGUGACUCCACGAUCUUUCAGUUGCUGUCUUGCCUGGCUGAUGACUGUAUCUCGCUUUUCCAAGAUGGGCUGGUUACGAACGGUGCCACAACUGAGCGCAUCCAUAUGGCUUGGCUUGGUUGUAAGGGGGACUGGGUAUGGCUUCGAAAAGCAUUUUGCUUGGAGACUGGAUUCUCCUCGAGGAGAGUUUGCCACAUGUGCGACCAGCAGGCCGGCUACCCCUACUCGUUGACUUUUUUAAUCUUUUUUAGUAAGUACAUAUAUAUAUAUACAAGAAAUAGUCUAUAG